GCGAGGAUAUCGCUUACCGUACCGCGCUGCGGCCGGAUGAAUAACAACUAUACUAGCGCCUUGACCAAGGCUAGCCCCGUGUUGACUUUGUGCUGCUGCUAGCAACCUUCGGUCUAACUAGAGUAGAAACCGCGUCCUAUACUGUACAAACGAUGAUCAGUAUCAGGAGAAAUGGGCGUCCGAUAAUUGCAUCUGUUUGAGAGAGAAUGAAACUCGCCAAAGUCUGUAAGAUCCUCUUCCUUGGGCUGACUUUUGUCGUCAUCGUGUUUAUCGGUUUUUCUCAAACUGUCCUCCCAUUACUUCCAGAACACAUGAUAUUUCGUGGUUGGAACUCCACGGAAAAAAACACUGGGGAGCAAUUUGGCGCAGUUACUGAUGACGUAGGCCUACCUUUCACGAACCACGGACCAGUGCCCGAUUGCAUCAUCCGGAAGAAACCAGGCGUGGUUAUGCUGACCACGGCAAAUCUGGCCUUCGUGGAUUUUGUUCUCAACAUGCUCGCAAGCGUCAGAAAGGUUGGAGUAUGCGUCGACACCACGGUCAUCGCAGAGGAUGGGAUGGCUUACGACGAACUGCAGAAGUAUACCAAAGGCGACCCAGCAGUGAACGUACUGAGGACCAGCUCUGGCGAAAUGGACGCCAUGGAGUCCAGACGGGGUAACGCUCAGUACUUCGGGAUAAUGAACAAACGCCAGGCGUAUAUUCUGUCUCUUCUGGAGCGGGGUCUGGAAGUUUUGUUUACCGACUCCGACACCUUUUGGUUCCGGGAUCCUUUUCCCUACUUUGAAGGAAACUAUGACAUGUUCAUUAGAGGCUCACGGCCGCAUAACCAGACGCGAAGAAUCAAUGAAAUUGAGUUCUGUGCUGGGUUCAUAUAUCUGAAGCCGACUAUUGCCACGGUCCAGUUUGUGAGGACCUGGGUGAAAGUCAUGGAAGACUACAAGAAAUGGGGAUUGCUCUACCCGGAUCAAACAGUCAUGAACAAUCUACUGAAAGAUGAUAAACCAGUGCAUAUGAAUAUUAAGAUGCUAGACCCGGACCUGUUUCCGUGGGGAGCUGCGUUUUUCAACCCAUCGUGGCAAAAACAAAACCAUCCGACGGUGGUUAUGCAUGCCGCUAGUAUUCGCGGACAUCCCCUCAAAUUGCAGAAGUUCAAAGAAUUGGACAUGUGGCUCGUGAAUGUCAAAGAUUUUGCGGGAGAUUCUGACAGUUACGAAGAGCCGUUGCUUUUAGCGCUUUCUUGUGCCUUUUUCCUACUUUUCGUCAUCAUCUUACUUUCCAUAAGGCGAGCUGGUUCUUGACAUGGUUCUUGGUAACAUUAUAUUCAACGAUCGGACAAUUAAAGUGUGUGCAUGUAAUCAUGACUGCACCGGUAGCUUUUAUGAUGUCCAUAAUAUUUUUAUAAAUUCCAUCUGCAUUGUUACGCAUAUGGCGGAUUAAAGUUUUGAAAAUGCAGGUUGAUUAAACAAAUCAUUUCAAAGAUGAAAUUAUUUUCGACAACAGUAGCAGCUGGAUUCGUUUACACAGCUGAGCUUUCGUGUUUCGUGGGUCCUCCGACGGUCCUUAGCUGGGCCUACCGCAUCCGACCCUUAUACACUCUGAAAUAAAUCAUGGGCCAAAUUUGACCCGGCAUCCGGGUACUAUUGGGCGUGACACUUUUCUGGGCCGAAUUGACACUUCUUCUAAUUUUCCGGGUCAUUUUGACCCAGAGAAGUGUCGUUUUGACCCGGAAAAGUAUCAUGACCAAUAGAAUCCGGAUUUCGUGUCGAAUCUCAGUGACUGGGGUCUUUUUAGAGUGUAUUGGUGCAUGGUCAUACGAAAUGUACCAUUAUUAUAUUGGUAUAUUGGUACAGAAAAUGUAAGCAAUCUACUUACUUUAGUCAUUAUUAUGAAUUACACAGAAAUGUUGUAAAUGUAUAUUUUGAAAUGUUGUAAAUGUUGCAUGUAUAUUUUAUAUGAUAUGCGGUACCACAAUUCGGAAGACCUUAUAAAACGAUCACCUUUCUUUGCCAACAGGCCGGUUGGCAAUUUUUGACCAACCACGGGUUGGCAAACUACGGAGGUCAAUGUUGCAAAAAUAAAGAAUUGUUAUUAACGUUUAAAACAUAAUCAUUAAUUUUUUAUCAAUACAAAAUAACCAGCAAACGCUGUCUUACGUAAUAAAGGUGUUAAUAUGCAUUUCUUGGUGUUAAAACCGUUGCCAA